CUCUCUCUCUCUCUCUCUCCAAGAUUUAAAACCAAGAAAUUGUUUACAAGCUCUCACCCACCUUCUUAUAAACCUCAUCUCUCAUUCCAUUGAUUCAGUGUGGUGUGGCUGUGGCUGUGAAUAAAAACAUUAAAAAAACAGAAGAUCUAGGGAAGCAAUGGGUAAUGGAUAUCAUCAGAGUCAUCUUCAUCACCAAAACUUCCAUAACAGAAGCACUUUCUUGCCGACUUUGUGCCGAGUAUCGAUCAAAGACAUAAAGCUCUCGAGAGCACAUUCAUCCUCCUCCGAUGACCCUUCAUCCCCAAGAGUCAGCUGCAUGGGCCAGGUCAAGAGAAACAACAAAGUCAAUGGCUUCCCAACUCCAUACAAAUUCCACUCUCCAACUUCCACCACCACCAAAGCUCAUCCUCACAACCACCACAUGAAAUACACAAAGCUCAAGAGGCUGCUUUCUGGCAAAAACCUAACUGCCACCACCACCACUGCCCCCGCCGCCGCCAUCGCCACUAGUAGCGGUUGUAAUAGCAGAAGAGGCAUGAUUAUAUGUGAUACUAGAAGGCCCAGGUUCAAUUAUCAUAAUAAUGUCCCAGUCAACAUUGUUGAAUUGGAUCCGCCUUUGCCGGUGGUCCGAAGGGUGGAGCCUCCGGCCACUGGCCGUGAUGAAGGUAAUCUAUGGAAGAGAAGAUCUGGUAAGAUGGCAUUGAAAGGUUUACAGAUUGAACAAAUUAAUGUACCUGACAAUCAGUACUUACCACCAGCAUCCAUAUGAAGUGAGACUCCAAUAUUUCAAG